CCUAGUGUUUCAAGUGUUCCUCUUUCCUUAUAUAUCAAAAUUAUUUUCACAUUUUUAUAGCUGUCAAAAUCUAACUAUUUAUUCACACUCAGCGAUAAGCAUUAAAAACUACUACGUGACUUUUGUGAAGUGCACGUUUCCAAAAUUAAUUAAAAAGAUGCUAUAAUAUAAUAAUACUAUAUUUUAAUCUAAAAAUUUAGUAUCUUCUUAGAAUAUUCUUUUCAUUUUAAAUAAGAAAAUUAGCUUUUAAAAUAUUUUAUGGGAAUUCAAUUUGGAAUGUAAUUGGCAUAUGUUAAUAGAUUUCUCAGAAAAACUCCAAAACUUGGAAUUGAAAUUAAGAGAGAGAUAAGAAUCAUUAAAAGGUUACGACAUGAAUAUAUUAGACAACUUGUCGUUGGUUGAGACAAAAAAAAAAUUAUAUGCCCAUGUUUUAAACUGCAAAUGCCAGAAUCUUGACCUUACAUUGCAUAUAAAUAUAUUUAUCAUACUCGAAGAACUAUUUUUAUAUAAAAAUAGUUAUGCAUAUUGGUUGACAAAAAAAAAAUUGAAAGAUGCUAUACACGUUCAAAUUCACAUGUUGUGACUUGUGAAGUUGAAUAGUAACUUAACAAUUUUUUUCUAAAAUAAUACUGGAAAAAAAGAGAUGAGGAUGAAAAUGUCAAAUCUUCAACUAUUAGAUGUAUACAUCAAUAAAUUAGUUCACAUACUUAGCAUGAAACCUUAUCCAGUUAGCUAUUUUCCUUAUACAACCAAAAUGGCUGUUAUAAGGAAAAUAGCUAACUGGAUAAGGUUUCAUGCUAAGUAUGUGAACUAAUUGGAAAAUACAGUAAUCGUUUUGUUUCCUUUUGAUUUCUAAAACGAUUACUGAUAUUUCUAUAAUUCAAACAAGCGGAAAAUACAGUAAUCGUUUUAGAAAUCAAAAGGAAACAAAAAAAGUAUAUGUAUUUUUAUGUGUUCGCUCCCAACAAAAUUUUAAAAUAUUCUAUAUACUAAUUAAUUUAUUAUAAAUAACAAACAUUAAUAGUUAAAUUAGUUAUUACAAGAUAUCAAAUUUAUUUAAAACAUUUAUUUUAUCAUAUUUAUUUAUUUAUUAUGUAUAUUAUAAUAUACUAAAACUAAAUCGUAGUAUAUUUUAAUUUAUUACAUAAUUAUUAAGAAAUAUUAAUAUUUAUUUAAAUGUUUAGAAUAUUACUAUAAAAAACUUUAUAUAUCAAUUUUUCGCUUAAUGAAAAGUUCACUGUAUAGAUGUAACCAAUGUUCUAAAACACACCGAUUUGGACAGCUUUCUCGGCGACUAAGCGCUCUACGGACCUUGGUCGUGGUGUUUCACCCUUAUUCGGGCAAAAAAUCAGGAAAAAAAUCUGGGUUUUUCAAGUUUGAAAUCGAUAUCUUUAUCAUAAACCUAUCAUAUUUGAUCAUCAAUAACAAAUAAAUAGAAGCAAAACGACGCAAAUCACUAAAAAAAAUUGAAGCACCAUUGUGAAAAAGUUCUGAAGCGCCGCACUUAGGGUUGCAGGUUCAGUGAGGAAGAUAAAAUGAAAAUGACUUUUUUGCCUUUCAUUAAUAAAAAACAGAAAAACAGCCAUAAAUGCAUCACUUGGGCUUUGUACCCAAAAACUGUCAAUCAAACUAGACACAAUACCGCUGGGCCACAGACAAUUAUUAUGUUUUUCUUAGUGAUUCAAAUAUAUAUCUCUAUAAAGUCGAUAAUAGUUCUUAAAAAAAUCUCCGAUUACUCUCCAAAUUUUUUCUGAUUUAUUGUUAACUCGCUAGGUCCGGAUCGACCGUACGCGUUGCGUUUAGCGAAUUUUCAAAUAUGGCAUAUAACUAAACAAACAUAUUUGCUUUUUUAUGUUUUACAACAAAAAAAUUAUUUGUUUUUACCAAAAAAAAACUUAUUUGUUAAAGUAUAUAUGAAAUCACGUUUUUUAAUACAAUUCCACCAUUUGAUAAGGAAUUUAAUUCACAAAGGUUGGUCCUAGAAGAAAACUGCGUCGGCGCAAGUGAAAACGCGGUCGUUUAAACGAAUCCUAUCGUACACGUGCGGAGUGAUCUACGCCGUUACUAUUCAUUUGAGUUUUUAAAACAACGGCUCGGAUCUAUUUUACUUGCCUUCGUCAACGCAUUAUUACCGUGGCGCCAGAGAUGACGUAUCUUCUCCAAGGAACCUUCCUCCACGUGCUCACGAUCACGUGACACAUACGCGCUCAACAGAAGCUCCUUCUCUUCCUUGUGGUCUCCAAUGACUUUUCACAGACCGGCUUUCUCUUCUCCAUCACGGCAUCACACACCUCUAUAUAUAUCGCCACUGAGUUAUUGUCUCUCUCUCACAACAUUUUCUCUGAGAUACAGUUUUCUAGAUAACUUCGUACAAGAUUGUGUAAGGUUUUGAUUUGUCGUUGACUCUCCAAGAUUUUCGGACCAAACUAGUUUUGUCUGUUUUUUCAAAGAGAUGGAAGUGGGUGUCCUAAAGCCGUCUUUUUCGAUCGGAAAGCUAUCUUCUCUGGCGCCGGAGAAGAUUCUGGAGCCAUCUGUUCACUCGGAAGAAGAGGUUUUAGAGGACGGAGAAGAGAUCGAUGGUGGUGUGAGACUUAUGUAUUUGUCUAAUGAAGGAGACAUUGAAGGGAUCAAGGAGCUUCUUGAUUCCGGGAUCGAUGCUAACUACAGAGACAUUGAUGAUCGUACUGCUCUCCACGUGGCGUCUUGCCAGGGGCUUAAAGAUGUCGUGGAGUUACUUCUUGAAUGGGAAGCUGAAGUUGAUCCUAAAGAUCGAUGGGGAAGCACGCCUCUUGCAGAUGCGAUAUUCUACAAGAACAUUGAUGUAAUCAAGAUACUUGAGACUCAUGGAGCUAAACAUCCGAUGGCUCCAAUGCACGUGGAAGCUGCUCUUGAAGUCCCUGAAUAUGAAAUCAAUCCCGACGAGCUUGAUUUCACUCAAAGCAGAGAGAUAUCAAACGGAACUUAUUGUGUGGCAAUGUGGCGUGGCAUUCAAGUUGCGGUGAAGAAGCUCGAUGAUGAAGUUUUGAGCGACGAGAAUCAAGUAAGGAGAUUCCAUGAUGAGCUUGCAUUGCUCCAAAGGCUUAGGCAUCCAAACAUUGUUCAGUUUCUUGGUGCUGUUACUCAAAGUAAUCCAAUGAUGAUUGUUACUGAAUAUUUGCCUAGGGGGGAUUUGCGCGAAUUGCUGAAAAGGAAAGGACAUUUAAAACCAGCUACCGCUGUUAGAUACGCCCUUGAUAUUGCAAGGGGAAUGAGCUAUCUUCAUGAGAUCAAAGGAGACCCUAUCAUCCACCGAGAUCUUGAACCUUCAAACAUACUGCGGGAUGAUACAGGGCAUCUGAAAGUUGCAGACUUUGCAGUAAGCAAGCUUGUUACUGUUAAAGAAGACAAGCCUUUGACAUUUCUAGACACUUCUUGUCGAUAUAUUGCUCCCGAGGUUUUCACCAGCGAUGAAUACGACACCAAAGCUGAUGUUUUCUCCUUUGCAUUGAUAGUUCAAGAGAUGAUCGAAGGAAGAAUACCCUUUGCGGAAAAGGAAGACAGUGAAGCUUCAGAAGCUUAUGCAUGCAAAGAGCGUCCAUUUUUCAAAGCUCCAUCUAAGCAUUACCCUCAUGGACUUAAGUCGUUGAUAGAAGAAUGCUGGUUAGAUAAACCGGCCAAGCGACCGACUUUCAGAGCGAUCAUUAAACGGCUUGAGUCCAUUCUUCACCAUAUGGGCCACAAGCGACAAUGGAGGAUAAAGCCAUUGACAUGCUUUCAGAAGUUCGAGCACAAGAAAAAACAUAAUUGGGAUGUUAGCAGCCCUGAUGGCUCUUCAUCGGGUUCACAUUUGUGAUUCUUUAACCGGUUAAAAAUGAUUCUUUUGUAUUCUUUCCGCUUUAGUUUGGCUUUCCCCUAAACAGCCGAAUUUUACUUUGUAAUGUUGUUUUACUUUGAAGAAAGUAUUCGUGUGGUCUUGGACAGAAGUUGCAUUUUAUUUUAGUAUUAAGUUGUAACGAGUCUUCAGAUUUUUGAAGCUGUAUAAUACAUGUCUAACGAAUUAUAAGGAAUUUGUUUCAAUCGAGUUUUUUCACUAAAUGUUUU